AUGGGUCUAAUCCUCUCGUCUCCUAAGGUUUACAAGCCGGCGUCGGAGGUCGACCUCGGACCAGGCAGCGACGAGCUCUAUAUCAGUCCCAACGUCAAAGCGCCUCGGGUUGCCGGGCUUCCGGUGAAGAUCUUCGCGUGGGUUCUGGAGACGCCGAUCGUCGGCCCCGUCGUGCUGUACUUCCUCAAGAAAGACAAUCUCGUCAAUAAGCUUGUCUCCGACGCCGAGAUCCCGGAGCCGCCGUUGUUCACUGCGACACACCCCUUGAAAGACAUCCCCGAGCAGAAUGUGAACCAGGUGAAGCCCGGCCUGUCGCCGGCAGAGCGCGUCCAGGAGGCCGUCGGCUGCGUCCCUUCCCUCACCGAUCCACUGUCGCCGGGCUUCAAGCGCUGGACAAUCCGGGACUUCACCAAGGCCUACGUCUCAGGAGAGAUCACUCCUGUCAUGGUGGCGAGGAGGUUCCUGGCUGCGGUUGAGGACUGCUCGGGGCCUGGUCUCAACAUGGCCAUGUUCAUCAGCUACAACCCUGAGGACAUCAUCAGGCAGGCGGAGGAGUCUACCCUUAGAUACCACCAAGGGACGCCUCUGUCUGCCAUGGACGGGGUGCUGGUGGCAGUGAAGGACGAGAUCGACUGCAUGCCCUACCAAACAACCGGGGGCACGAGGUGGCUGGGGAAGGCGAGGCCGUGCGUCGCGGACGCGGCGUGCGUGGCGCAGCUGCGGGCCUGCGGCGCCGUCCUGGCCGGCAAGACCAACAUGCACGAGCUCGGCGCCGGCACCAGCGGCAUCAACCCGCACCACGGCUCCACCAGGAACCCGUACAACACAGGCAGGGUGUCCGGGGGCUCGUCGGGCGGGUCCGCCGCCGCGAUCUGCGCCGGACUCUGCCCCGUCGCCCUCGGCGCCGACGGAGGCGGAUCCGUUCGGAUGCCGGCCGCGCUCUGCGGCGUCGUCGGCUUCAAGCCCACCGUCGGGAGGCUCUCCAACUCCGGGCUUCUGCCGCUGAACUGGACGGUCGGCAUGCCAGGGAUCUUGGCGGCCUCGGUCGAGGACGCACUCGUCGCGUAUGCGGCCAUGGUUGACCAGUCUAGGCCAAGCCACUCCCAGCCUCAGCUGAAUCUGCCGUUGCUGACAUCCACCCGUUCCAUGCCGAACAUCAGGCUAGCAAGAUCCGCAAAGUGGUUCGACGACUGCUCGGAGGACAUCAGAAGCUGCUGCGACAAGGCUCUUCGGAUCCUGCGCGCGCAGUACGGCUGGGAGACUCUGGAGGUGACCAUCCCUGAGGUGGAGGAGAUGCGGCUUGCGCACUACGUGACCAUGGGCUCCGAGUGCUCCGCCUCGGUGGCCAAAUACGUCGAGAAGCUGAACAAAUCUCAUAUCGGGUGGGAUGUAAGGAUCGCGCUGAGCGCCUACGGGUCGUUCAGCAGCAAGGCUUACCUCAACUCGCAGCGGAUUCGGAGUCGUCAGAUGUACUUCCACGAGAAGAUCUUCGAGAUGGCCGACGCGAUCGUCACGCCCAUGACCGGUGUGACCGCAUACACACUGCAGGAUGACGCGUUGAGCACCGGAGAACUGGACUACAUAAAUGCAGCCGCACUCGCAAGGUACUCCAUCGCAGGGAACUUCCUCGGCUUGCCUGCCAUCACCGUAACGGCAGGGUACGACAGGGAUGGCCUCCCAAUGGGGCUCCAAUUCAUCGGGCGGCCAUGGUCGGAGGCGACGAUGCUGCACUUAGCCUAUGCGAUGCAGGAAGCAUGCUUGAAGAACUCCAGGAAGCCCAUGGUACACUAUGAUCUCCUCAAGACGAAAGAGUAG